AUGGCUCCCAAGGCUCCCAAGGCUCCCAAGGGAAAAACCCCCGUACCCACUGCUGCCAGUAGUAGGCCGACCCGUGCAACGACGUUGGCACCGCCGCCCUCUGCCGUGGCUCCACCUGCCGCAUCUUCUCCGAAGAUUUCGAAGACUACACGCCGUAAAGAGAAGAGAAAGGCCGCGGAUCUUACAAUCGCUACUGAAGACAGACGUCGACCGCUUUUCAGCCAUCCGCGACUUGAAGACCAUGUUCGGACUCGUAUAUUGGAUCUUGAACAUAUUCAUAGGGGCCUCGAAGCUUUCAGUGCUUCCGAAGAGUUGAUGAAACAUCUGGGACCCGGUAUAGACAUUUUGCAGGCGUGCAUUAAUUCUCUCAGGUCUAUCACGCCCGAAGWAGGACCCGGCUUCGGUUCACCCGACGGCAACCCUGAUUCGUCUAUUGUUGGGUCGCCUGAUCGUACAGUGAAGAAGCGGAGGCGUAUCGUUAAAGAGCGACCCGCACCGGAAGCGAUUACGAAGGAAGCGGUUACGAAGGAGGCGGUUACGACGGAAGCGGAAGGUAGUGAAGCGGAAGGUAGUGAAGCGGAAGGUAGUGAAGCGGAAGGUAGUGAAGCGGAAGGUAGUGAAGCGGAAGGUAGUGAAGCGGAAGGUAGUGAAGUGGAAGUUAGUGAAGCGGAAGGUAGUGAAGCGGAAGGUGGUGAAGCGAGCAAGGUUGUCAAAAAGACAGCGGGCAAGAGGCUACGGACGCCAAGCUGA